CCUCUUACCACUCUCUCUCUCUCUCUCUCUCUCUCUGUUUUCCGUUCACCACACUUCACAGCCUACGUUAUUUCUAUUUCUCUCGCUCAACUCAAGAGUGUGGCGGUGAACCAUGGUGAGAGACGAUUUAUACAUAACGGUUCCGAGCUUCUUCCGGUGCCCUAUAUCACUGGACGUCAUGAAGUCCCCCGUCAGCCUCUGCACCGGCGUUACCUACGACCGCUCCAGCAUCCAGCGCUGGCUCGACAACGGCAACAACACCUGCCCCGCCACCAUGCAGGUCCUACAUACCAAGGAAUUCGUUCCCAACCGCACCCUGCAGAGGCUCAUCCAGAUCUGGUCCGAAUCCCUCCGCAACUCUCCUGACUCACCCGACCCUGCCGACUCUCUCCUUUCCAAAGAUCAGGUCCUAGCCGCCUUCGCCCACUUGCAGUCCCGCCCCCUCGACCGCCUCGAAUCGCUCGCCAAAAUCCUCAGUUUCGCGCGAGAUUCUGAGGAAAACCGCAAGUAUCUUGCGAGAAUAGAAGCGUUCCUGCCUGCGCUGGUCGGUUUCCUCCUCAAUGUUGACGACGAUUUUCAGUUCCUUGAGCAGGUUGUUAUGGCGUUGAAUCUGAUUCUGGAUAAAAUCCAAGACCGCGAGGCCUUGAAAACCUUGAUGCUCAAGAACCAGAGCAGCAAUAGCAGCAGCUGCUUGGAUUCUCUGCUCCUCGUUCUGCAACGAGGAAGCACCGAUUCGAAGAUCUCGUCGGCUACGGUUUUGCAAUCACUCGCCGUGGAUACGGAAUCGAAGCUCUUGAUAGGGGAAAAGAAAGGCCUAAUUUCCCAAGUGCUCAGGCUAACCGCGCCGGACAAAGAUCCAGCGGUGAUCGAGAACGCCUUGUCGUGCCUUGUGGCAAUCUCCACGGCAAAAAGAAAUAAGUUGAUGCUGGUGCAUCUUGGAGCAGUGAAAGCGUUCUCGAAGCUUCUAACGGAAUCGAGCGUGAGCGCCUCGGUGGCGGAGAAGGUGCUGAAGCUUCUGGAAACGGUGUCGUCAACGAAGGAAGGGAGAACGGAGAUAUGCGAGGACAGCACGUGCGUGGCGGCGAUACUGAGCAAGGUUCUGAAGGUUUCGAGCGCGGCGACGGAACACGCCGUGACGACUCUGUGGAGCGUGUGCUAUCUGUUUCGUGACCAGAAGGCGCAAGAAGCGGUUACGAAGGCUAACGGCUUAACGAAGAUUCUGUUACUGAUGCAGAGCAAUUGUUCGCCUCCUGUGCGCCAAAUGUCCGCAGAUUUGCUUAAGAUUUUUAGAGUAAAUUCCAAAUCGUGUCUUUCUUGUUAUGACACCAAAACUACCCAUAUCAUGCCCUUUUGAUGGACAAGAAACAAUGAAAAAAAGAAUUGUAAAUCACAGGAAAUUUUGUUAGUGAAUAGUGAAACAUGCAAAAUUAAAAUU